CCUGUUUCAAUUUAUAUCCUCUCAGCCAACUUGCGUUAACUCGCCUCCAUCCGUAACAUUCAUGAUUCUUAGGGCUAGCGUUCAUCUAAUCACCCUAUGGAUUGCACAAAACGAUCAUAUGGAUGGCGGAGAAAACGGGAACCCUCAUGCCUGGGCUCAUGACGGCAAUUUCCCAGAUCUUCACCUGCCAUGUUAUAAAUGCCAUACGUUGACCCGCUCUUUUGAUACCUGCACCGAUUGAUUUGCAUCCAUAAUUGCCCGGUGCAGAAGUCUCUCCCUUACCCUGACGCACUUCGUUUCGUGUCUUGACGAUAUUAUUUCCAACGACCUUUGUGAACCAUGCAGAUCUCCGUAGCACUGUUGACCGUGCUGGCGGCGCUUGGCUCCGCUGCGCCGAUCGAGAACGAGAAGAGGCAGUUGGAUGGACUUUCUGGCCUUGGUGGACUGUCCGGUGGGCUUGGUGGCCUUAGCGGAGGACUCGGCGGGUCGUCUGGCGGUCUAGGUGGCCUCAGCGGCGGCCUUGGAGGCUUAUCGUCAGGAGGUGGCAUCGGGGAUUUGCUUGGGGGCCUUGGAGGCUCAGGAGGUGGCAUCGGGGACUUGCUCGGAGGCUUGAGUGGAGGUGGCCUGGGUGGUCUCUCGGGUGGCCUCGGCGGUCUCUCCGGCGGUCUCGGUGGCCUCAGCGGUGGCCUCGGUGGCCUCAGUGGUGGCCUCGGUGGCCUCUCUGGUGGCAGCGGACUCGGUGGACUCAGUGGACUUAGCGGCGGCCUUGGAGGUCUCUCCGGGGGUAGUGGACUCGGUGGCCUGAGCGGCGGACUUGGUGGCCUCAGCGGCGGACUCGGUGGCCUCUCUGGUGGCCUCGGUGGUCUCUCCGGCGGCAGUGGUCUCGGUGGCCUUGCUCCCCCUUCUGGCGCCUAGGAGUAAGGGCAGCAGCAGUGGGUAGCGCGUAAGAAAAUCCAGGACAGCUGUGGCUUGCUGGAUUAGCUCUCUGUCU